UGUGAUACCAGGGGAAGGGGCACGCUGGGGGCAGCCUCGUGCCACGCAGCUCAUAACCUAAAAAUAGUCAGCAGCUCACAGGCCCUGGGGCUGGAUUAGUCCUUUCUGUGGCAGCCACAGUGCUCGCACAAACUGGUGCCACACAGGGUCUCUGGGCACAGUGCUUGGCUCUCAACCCCAGAGAUGGCGGGCGGCAUUUUCUCCCCACUGGGGAGCUGCUCGGAGCUGGAGAAGGCCAACUGCCACCCGCUGGUGUGCCUGCUCUGCCACGAGCCCUACCAGCACCCCUGCCUGCUCGACUGCUACCACAACUUCUGCGCCAGCUGCCUGCGAGGCCGCGCCAGCGAUGGCCGCCUGCGUUGCCCACUCUGCGGGCACCCCUCAGUGGUGAGGGGAGGCACGGGGCUGCCCCCCGUGGACCGGCUCCUGCAGUUCCUGGUGGACAGCUCAGCCGACAGCGAGGAGGACGUGCAGUGUGCCAACUGUGACCGGUGCUGCACCAAGGCGGAGCUGGACACCAUGUACUUCUGCAACACCUGUGGGCAGCCCCUCUGUGCCCCGUGCCGUGAGGAGACCCACCGUGCCAGGAUGUUCGCCCGCCACGAGAUCGUCUCCCUCUCCAAGCGCACCAAAGACAUCCACAAGAAGUGCCCGCUGCACGAGGAGCCCUACAUCAUGUUCUCCACUGAGAAGAAGUCCAUGCUCUGCAUCAACUGCUUCAGGGACAUGCAGGGGGAGAGCCGGGCACACUGCAUCGACAUUGAGACGGCGUACAUGCAGGGCUGCCAGCGGCUGGACCAGGCAGUGAUGGCUGUGAAGGAACUGCAGACAUCCACGCGCGAGGCCAUUGUCCUGCUCAAGGCCAUGAUCGAGGAGGUUCGCAACAGUGCAAGUGAGGAGGAGGCGGCCAUCAACUCCCUCUUCAGCCGCAUGCAGGAGCAGCUCUCAGAGAGGAAGAAGACACUCCUGAAAGCUGUGCAGAGCCAGCACGAGGAAAAGGAGAAGGCAUUCAAGGAGCAGCUCGCCCACCUUGCCUCCCUGCUGCCCACACUGCAGGUCCAUCUGGUGACCUGCUCGGCCUUCCUGAGCUCUGCCAACAAAGCCGAGUUCCUGGACCUGGGCUAUCAACUGAUGGAGAGGCUGCAGAGGAUUGUCAAGCUGCCGCACCGCCUGCGGCCGGCCCAGACCAGCAAGAUCAACAGCGAGUACCGGGCAGAGUUUGCCCGCUGCCUGGAGCCCCUCCUGAUGCUCAGCCCCCGCCGCUCCGUGGUGGGCAGCGCUGGCGGCAUCGGUCCUGGCAUCACCGGCACGAACAUGCUCCCCGGUGGCCAAUGCUCCAAGACCCUCAUGGUGCCCAGCUGUCCCCCCACCAGUGAUAAAAUGUCCACUGGCCCCAUGGUGAAGAAGCCAACGAUGCACCGGUACAUCAGCACCAAGGUGCUGCUGGCCGAGGGGCGUGAGACCCCCUUUGCCGAGCACUGCCGCAACUACGAGAACACCUACCGGAUGCUGCAGAUGGAGAUCCAGGGUCUGAAGGACCAGGUGCAGGAACUGCACCGUGACCUCACCAAGCACCACUCACUCAUCAAGUCGGAGAUCAUGAGCGAGAUCCUGCAGAAGUCGCUGCAGAUGGACGUGCAGAUCGCAGCUCACUACUCCGCCGUGGAGAUGAUGCGCAGCGUCUUUGAGGAGGUUUGGGAGGAGACCUACCAGCGGGUAGCAAAUGAGCAGGAGAUCUAUGAAGCCCAGCUCCACGACUUGCUGCAGCUGCGGCAGGAGAACAGCUGCCUGAGCACCAUCACCAAGCAAAUCGCACCCUACGUCCGCUCCAUCGCCAAAGUGAAGGAGCGGCUGGAGCCUAGGCUGCAGGAGCCCCAGGAGCCCAAAGAAGAACAGGCCCAGAUGCUGCUCAAGAUCUGUGACAACAAUGAAAUGCUGCCAAGGGAUGCCUCGCCUGGCAGCAACAAGGGGGCUUCAGCCAGCCCCAGGGAGGGCUUCAUGCCCAGGGACACCCCUGGAGACCCCUCCCCAAAAAACAAAGACUGCUGCAGGGGCCAGCAGAAGAGUGGAGCAGAGAGUGCUGCCCCUAAACAGCCAGCACCAUAGAGCCCAGUGCCAGGCAUGUGGCAGAGCUGCUGGGCAGAGCUGUGCCCCAGUCACUGAGCAGCUCCUCUCACCCUGUGCCAUGAGCCAAGGCAGGAAACAGCCUGGGCAGCCACGUCUGCAGCACAUACAAAGACCUCAGGUGGACUUGCUCCUGAAAAACUGCCUUUGUGCUCUCCCUUGCAUGUGUCAGAGUGAAAUAAAAGGGUGCAGUUGUCCA